GGCACCCCGGUGUCGCUGACCGGCCAGAGGUUCACCGUCCAGAUCCCGUCUUCGCAGGCGGCCGUCAAGUCGGGCACACCGACUACUCCCACGGUUCAGAACGUGCUCAUUAAUCCUUCGUUAAUCGGGCCGAAGAACAUCCUGAUCACCACAAACAUGGUGUCGUCGCAGAACGCCUCGAACGACUCCAACCCCCUGAAGAGGAAGCACGAAGACGACGACGACUACGACAACUUGUGA